AUGCCUUAUCUUAUCGACGUGCAUCUCCACCAAUCGCUCGGAAUGACCGCCGCCAAGGUCGAGAGGCACGAGAAUGGAAAGCUCCAGACCUGCAGACCUCCUUUCCCCUUGCAACCCGCAGCGCCCUCACCCAAGCUGUUCUCGAGACGCCUCCCCCCCGACUUUGACGGCAUCACGCGUGCGAACGACUGUCAUAAUCGACACUUUUCGUUGAACGCCGCUGCGACUUUUGCGAACCGACAAGAACCGUCCGCGCCGUGUCGCCCCCCCUCUCUCCCCUCCUUCGAACCCUAUCCACCGCCCCUCCCCCAUACCGAGGCUAAGAGGACAGCAACACCGGCACGAUGGCGUCCGGAUCCUACAACAACCCGCUCAAGAAGUUCAAGCUCGUCUUCUUGGACGAUGUACCUCGAGGACCGCACCGUUCGCCUGCAACUGUGGGAUACCGCCGGCCAGGAGCGAUUCAGGAGUCUGAUUCCCUCCUAUAUUCGAGACUCUAGCGUUGCCGUGGUUGUCUACGAUAUCUCGAUGAUCGACGUCAAGACCAACACGCAGCAGUCCUCGCAGGAGGGGUGCGCGUGCUGA